CCUAUAGCAAGGGUACAGUCUUUCCAAUAGCAUCUCCAUGCCGGAGUGCCAACUAAACACCCGCCGUUCUCCCCGGCCCCCAUCUCGAAUCACUCGCAGGAAAAGAUGCGCUGGUGGGUUAUACUUAGGUAACAAAUCACAAGACGGGGGAAACGAAGAAUAAAGAAAAAGAAACAAAAAAACGCCCAUCCAAACAGACUAAUGAGACGUGAACAAGUGGUCCCAAAAACGCCGUGUAACAGUGGUAGAAGCUCAAACAUAUAUCAACCUUCUACUAACUCGUCUUUUUUGGUAUCGUUCGUAGGCCACUAAUGAUGAUUUCCACCUUUCCCCCCCAAUGCGCUGGUAGUCGUGGCUGGCCCGGUGCCUCACUUCACUUGCCACAAGGCGGAAAAAGAAAAGAAAACUGUCCAAUCAUGAGUGCUAGCAUGUCACAAGAAAGUGGUCAGUCAAAUCUUCAGAGACGCAGUGUAAUAUGUCCCACCAGCCCCCUGAGAUCCACAAAAUAUGACUCCAAUGUUUGCUGUUCCAGCUCUCGCUUUGUGUGCCAUUAUAUACAACAAGGCCGAAGGAGACAGAGCAUAUGGAAUCGUGUUCAAGGGGCUCGGACUUUGUUAAUCAUUGAUAAUACGAGAGUGGCCUCGCCCAACAAUCUGAUGUUCGUAACCUAG